AUGAACGCGAAGAAUUACUCCACAGAGAAACCCAUUGUUCUUGUGGUAGAUCGGUCAUGGCCACAAGAUGUGAUAGACGACAUUUUGAAUCUACGAUGUUCAUUGCAGAUGAUCAGGAAAACCUUGUGUUUGUCGAUUGAUGAGGAAGCGAUAGCGGUGCCAAGUCAAUGCCACGAUGCAUUGCACCUCCUACUUCAUCAUCUCAAAGUCUAUCAGCUGACCGCCACGAGACUCCUUGAACGCAAAAACACGAUCCCACAACUCCAGACCUACGUUGCCGUCACAUAUUACUACUGUGAGGUUCUGCUAGCGUUCGUGCAAGAAGUGAAGGUCGACGACCCCGUUUCAAACAAGACAUGGCGUUCAGCUCACCUCGACUAUCACUUUGCAUUGGCGCUAGAGAACAGUGCAUUCAACGUGAUUAUGCAAAAAACGGCGCUAGCAAAGAUAAAACGAUCAUGGGGUGACUUCAAGGAGAAAAAAGUGUAUGAGCCAGUCCAGCAGCUCGAUAUCGCGAAGUACCACAAUUUAAUGUGCAAUGACAAGAACAUGUGCGGCAAUAUAUCCGCCACUCACCGUAUGUCAGUCGAAGAAAUGAUCUCCGAAAUACUGCCGACUUCCACGAGCCGCACACCCACUGUGGUCGAAGGAGAUACGGCCGAGACCGACGUUCGGCAAAAUCGUGUCACUGCAAAACCUCAGAAGACCAACAAGCGCACGAGUGUUCGGAAUGUGAAAACUAGCGUUGCAUCACUAGAGUUCGCAACAUGCUCAACCACAACAUCUCAUGUAGAGGACGACAACAUCGAGGAGACUGCGAAUAUUGUCGAGAUGAAGGAUAAUUCACCGAAUAAACGGAAGAGUUUCAAGAGAGGCCGUCAAUCAAAGGAACCUGAUGGACGGGAUCUGCAAGAUUCCACAGCUGAGAGUAAGGGCCAUGCGAACCGUCCUGGCAGGAAGGUGACUGCUAAGGGAAAAGGGAAAGUAUAUAUCGAUCUCGAGUCUGAGGAUGAGGGCGAGACGGCCGCGCAAGCAGAUUCUUCAUCACAGGACGUGCGAGCACCGACCCGGGCUUCUAAGACUUCAGACAGAAAGGGAAAAAUGAAAGCCAUUGUUGAGUCAGAUGAUGAGGCCACAGCAGAAGUCUCAGUUCGAGCACCAUCAGAGGGAGAGUUAGACAUUAUGACUCCCAUGCAGUCAGAUCAGUCUAUGCUAGAAGUUAAGAGGGACGACAUCGGCGAAGAUGUCAGUUGCUACCCUGAUCACGACCUCCCAUCCACCCUUGAGGAUUGGGAGAACUGGAACCGGAUAGCGUUGCGGAAAGGACACUCACACAUUUUCCUGAAGCUUGGAACAUGGAUUCUGCUUCGAUUCAGACAGUUGGCUAAGAUUCCAAUCGACGAUGAUGUUGAUGGACUUCUCAUUCCAGACCAUCCUGCAAAUUAUGAGAUGCAGGACGACGCUGAUUUUCACGAGGCCCUAGGAAUGACACGUCUGUAUUCCGCGAUCGCGCACAUCGACACACAUCCUCAGUACCUAGCGCAUAUAUUCCAUGAGCUUGGAAAGGCGUCGAAUGAGGAACGACUUGCAAGUAGUCAUCCUCGAUUUAGGCCUCUCCCAGAACUACCGACACCUGUAAAAAGCAUGAUGUUCAGCCACGACUCGCCGUUUUUAGACGGGUGGCCCUUCGAGGAUGCAGAUGUUGACGGUUAUGGUGACAACGAUGAUGGAGGUGUAGCGGGGGCCCUUAAUGAGAUGAUUAUCUCAAGUGAACAAAACCCAGCGCCAUUGGUCACACCAGAUGAGCAAGAUCCACAGAAGCGCAAGAGGACGAUGUCGAGCACGACUUCUCCACCAAAGAAGGACGGCGGACGGGGGUUUUCAAAGCGGGUAAAGGGAAAACCAGAACAGCUGUUUAUCCGUCCGUCAGCACCGUCUGCGACACCCAUCGCGGAAGUUGCAAUGGCCAGUUCAACGGACAUCGGUACUGCAAUGAAUGAACUGUCUCCAAUCGUCAACGUUGACGCUCCAUCAUCAAUAUCAUCCAACUCUCACCCCACUGCCUCCCGUGACAUGGACGCAGUCUCGAACUCGACUCCUCUGCCACAGGUGACAGAGGACGUGCCAGACCACGAUCGUAUGAACGAGCAGAGUGACAUCAACUCACGGAGUCUCAGUCAGAAGGUCAACGACAUUCACGUAUCGUCAGCCUCGCAGGUCAAUGAUGCUGCAUUGCAUAUUGCAGAUCCUGCGAAAGACGGAUCUGUGUCUGACAUUGAGGUUUCGGACGGCAUGACAGCGCCGAGGAAUUAUGACUUGACUGUCGGACUGUUGGGGAAAGAAGUACCCUCGAAUAGUCCUAUUAUCCAGUGGAAAGAUGGCCAUAGGACCAUUCUCCCAGCCGUGUACGACGACGACAAGAACAAUCUUUGUGAUGCUGUAGACAUCCAGAUCAUCAAGUAUCUUGCUCACUCUCCUGUAUCCGCACCUGAUUCACAAUAUGUGACACAUCUAUCACACAACGACAUAACCGAAAAUGAUAUCCAGGAUAUAGUUGGCGAUUCACUGAGUCAAAAUAAACCAGUUGUUAUCAGAGGAAUAGGAUACAAUCCAGUGGGCGAAGCGUUGACGGCAGAGUAUCUGGACAAAUACUACGCCAUUUCACCCAAUAGGAUUGUUUGGAUUCACGACGUCAGGGCGCGUGCUAUGGAUCAUACAAAGGUCACUACGGCAGGCGUCCUCAAAGCGUUCUUCGAAGACAUGAAAAAUCCAGAGAAGAUACAAUGCGUGUUGGACAUUCCACUCGCGCAGGCAGCGCUACCAGAGACCUUACGAAAUCUCGAUCAUGGGUUAGCACAUGGGUGGAACCAAACGACAUAUGACGUCCCCAUAUCAUCGAAUAUACAUCCAGAAAACUUCACAGUGAAGGGGUGGGCUCUGCUCCACCAUGCUGGAUUUUUGACGUAUCCUCAUCACGACGCCGAAGGGAGCCUCACAUGGGUCAGAAUAGAAGUAGGGGUUAAGUUUUGGGUUGUAUUCCGACCAAAGGAUCGGCAAAACGAUCGCAAGCAUCUUCAAGAUUUCGCACUCAGGCUAGGAAACUUCACCGAAAAUGAAGCUUGGAUACGAGCUAAUUGCGAUGCAGAGGUUAUCACACUCCUACCUGGAGACAUUUUAAUAAUCCCCCCAGGGCAGGUGCAUGCCGUUUAUACCCCACUUGCCUCUUUCGCAACAGGGGGUCACUUCUAUCACUACGGAUGCAUGCAUCUCACAGAGAUAUCUAGAUACCUUGACGUUGUUGUAGGUGACUGCUUAACCAACCAGGACCUGCACAAUGCUCUGGAGACACUUCGACGCAUGAUGAUUGCCAUACCGCGCCUGUCGCCUCGAAUACCACUGUUCAGGAGAUCAUUACUCGCCCUGUGCAUAAUGGUUACUCAGGGGAAGGAAUAUCGUGCAAAGGGUGGAUCGGCGUCCUCUAUCGUGGAUACAGAAACGGCUGCAAUCAGCAUUGAGAUAGCACGAGCGAUUUCAACACAUCUCGGAGUGACGAUACGCAAGUCUACACCCAUGUUACUAUACCAAGGUGACCAGUUUGCCAAGGGGGAGCUCGUGUUCAAGAAAGGACUAGAGAAGGUGCUGAUACCAUUUACUGCACUGUAG